AUGGCCCGUCCCCAGCCCGCCAACACGUUGCCCCCCAUCCAGCGCCACAUCACCGGCCACGCCGCCGACGGCACCUCCGUCUUCCUCCCCACGCCGCCGGCCCGCGCCGAAUGGGAGCACAUCAAGAACGACGACGACUCCCGUCUCGCCAGCUUCUUUCUCGCCUACACCACUCUUGGCUUUCCCGUCGACCUCAAUGCGCCGCGCGCUGACGCCCCGCCAGCUGACCUUGCCCUCUACGAGCAGCAUCUUCGCGACCCGCCGCGCUCCUUGGCCCAGGACAACGCGAGCGUCCUGCGCUACGUCGACUUCCCGCCUGCCAUGACUCCUUUCAUGCAUCGCACUAACUCCAUCGACUAUGGAAUCGUCCUUGAGGGCGAGAUUGAGCUGCUCCUCGACUCGGGCGCGACACGUCGUCUGCGUCGUGGCGACGUAUGCGUGCAACGGGCUACCAUGCACGCUUGGCGCAAUCCGAGUGAUCACGCCUGGGCACGCAUGGUCUUCAUCCUAAUCAGCAGUACCCCACCAGCCCUCGCUGCCUCCACCUCUAGCACGCCUCUACCCGACCUCUCCACAGAAAAGAGCCAUCUCUGA